UUUGAAACUAGAACUCUGGAAAUUACUGUAAGGCUCACAGGGCAGAAUCUUCACAGAAUGCAAGCUCCAGAAUUUCUAGACUUAUUUUUUCUCAAAUGGGAAAAACAGCUCAGUAUUAAUCUGAAACAAAACUAUCUUAAACUAGAAUGACAGAGGCUUAUUUCAUUCCCCCAAAUAUCAAAGAAAGCUCUUACAAACAUAACAUGAAUAGGGUCAUGAACUGGUUCAACAUACUUAACUGGUAGUUUUAUGAAUUAUAAUGAAUGCUGCUACUCUCUAAAAAUGAAUGUAUCAAAGAGGAAAUAACCUUCUUGGCAGGCUUGCAGCUAUACAACACAUUUGUUUCACUGCUUUCAAGUGCCAGUGCUGGAGGCUCUGAAUAAGUCCACGGGAGAACUUCAGUCACAGCAGCAAACAGGUCUACCGAGCAGAUAAGAUAACAUGCUUGGGAGAUUGACAAUACGAGCUAUCAGUUUCUUUCACUAAGCCUUACGAAAGUGGAGCCUCUGCUGAAGACUAAACACUUGAGCCUUACCUACAGAAAUGGACAGAUGAUGUAUGCUCUCAUUUUAGAGAACCUGAAAAUAUUUUUUAAAGGAAGGAGUCAACUUUGGCUUUUGAGUGUUUCUGUGGCCUGGGUACAAUGCCUUUAAAAAGCAGAUGACCAGCUUAGCUACUGACCAUGCUGACCAUUGUCCGGAAUUGGAUCAAAUCACACAAAAACAGCAAAUGGCCUUCUCUUAUAGAAUAUCAGAACAAAGCAGAAUUCCUGAGCACAUUUUGCGGAGCUCAUUUGAUCACUUAAUCUUUGCUAACUGGUCUGGAUUACAGACAGAAUCAAUACCAGAAGAAAUGAAACAGAUUGGUGAGCAACAGGGAAAUAAACCGCGCUGGGCUGCUCUUCUGAUACUCAUGGUGAUAAUACCCACGAUUGGUGGGAACAUCCUGGUUAUUCUGGCGGUUUCACUGGAGAAAAAGCUGCAAUACGCUACCAAUUACUUUCUAAUGUCCUUAGCAGUGGCUGAUUUGCUGGUUGGAUUGUUUGUGAUGCCGAUUGCCCUCUUGACAAUAAUGUUUGAGGCUGUGUGGCCCCUCCCACUUGUUCUCUGCCCUGCCUGGUUAUUUCUUGAUGUUCUUUUUUCUACUGCAUCCAUCAUGCAUCUCUGUGCCAUUUCAGUGGAUCGUUAUAUAGCCAUCAAAAAGCCAAUCCAGGCCAAUCAAUAUAACUCACGAGCUACAGCAUUCAUCAAGAUUACAGUGGUAUGGUUAAUUUCAAUAGGCAUUGCCAUUCCAGUCCCUAUUAAAGGCAUAGAAACUGAUGUGGAUAACCCAAGCAACAUCACCUGUGUGCUAACAAAGGACCGUUUUGGCAACUUCAUGCUCUUUGGCUCACUGGCUUCCUUCUUUACACCUCUGGCAAUCAUGAUUGUCACCUACUUUCUCACUAUCCACGCUUUACAGAAGAAAGCUUACUUGGUCAAAAACAAGCCACCUCAACGCCUAACAUGGCUGACAGUGUCUACAGUUUUCCAAAGGGAUGAAACACCUUGCUCAUCACCUGAAAAGGUGGCAAUGCUGGAUGGUACUCACAAGGACAAAACUCUGCCCAACUCAAAGAAUGAUCUACUCAUGCGAAGAAUGUCGACAGUUGGAAAAAAGUCAGUGCAGACCAUUUCCAAUGAACAGAGAGCCUCCAAGGUUCUAGGGAUUGUUUUUUUUCUCUUUUUGCUUAUGUGGUGCCCCUUUUUUAUUACAAAUAUAACUUUCGUUUUAUGUGAUUCCUGCAACCAGACUACUCUCCAAAUGCUCCUGGAGAUAUUCGUGUGGAUAGGCUAUGUUUCCUCAGGGGUGAAUCCUUUGGUCUACACCCUCUUCAACAAGACAUUUCGGAAUGCAUUUGGCCGAUACAUCACCUGCAAUUACCAGGCCACAAAAUCAGUAAAAACUGUCAGAAAAUGCUCCAGCAAUAUCUACUUUCGAAACCCGAUGGCAGAGAACUCUAAGUUUUUCAUGAAACAUGGAAUGCGAAAAGGGAUUAAUCCUGCCAUGUACCAAAGCCCAAUGAGGCUCUGCAGUUCAACUAUUCAGUCUUCAUCAAUCAUUCUACUAGAUACACUUCUCCUCACAGAAAAUGAAGGUGACAAAACUGAAGAGCAAGUCAGUUAUGUAUAGAAGGAAUGUCAGUUUUCAUCUAAUAUAACGAGUAUGGUGAUGAAGCAGAUAUAAAUGUGCCAAGAAUCGUAUAAAGAGGAACUUUAUGCCAUGUAUCAAAUCAUCUCUUUAUCGAGAUUAUGUAAUUUUCUUUAUUUGGACAAAACUACUCCAUGAAAAAAAAUCAUUUUGUACAGCUGCAAACGAAAAUGACCUAGCACUCUGGCUAAAUGUUACGGCAUUCAAAUGAAAUAAAAUUAAAUAAAUAAUUUUAAGCUUAAAAAUAAAUAAUGUCACUGUAAGAA